AGCCGGACGUCCCCGCACGCCCACGCGCCCCCCACGCACCUGUUCCCUCCGGCAGCCAGCCAACCCCUGAGCGUCUGGACUCCGCCCUCUCCCCUCCCCCCAGCCAAUAAGACUCGCCGCCGGUGGCGCAGCCCCCAGAGGCGCGGCGCAGUGGUCCCAGCGGGAGGCUGCCAGUGCCCGCGCCCCGCACCCACCAGGCUCCCGCGCGGGAUGGAGCCCAGGCUGCGGUGGCGGCGCAGUUGCCGCUCGCCUGUCUCCGCUUUCCUGCGCGACCCGGGCUCGGGGCGCGUCUACAAGCGCGGGAAGCUGAUUGGCAAGGGCGCCUUCAGCCGCUGCUACAAGCUGACCGACAUGUCCACCAGUGCGGUGUUCGCGCUCAAGGUGGUGCCGCGUGGUGGGGCAGGGGCCGGGAGUCUGCAACCCCGUGGGAAGGUGGGGCUGUGCCCACAGGUGGAGCGAGAGGUCACCCUGCACAGCCGCCUGCGACACCGCAACAUUGUAGCCUUCCAUGGACACUUUGCUGACCGUGAUCACGUGUACAUGCUAUUGGAGUACUGCAGCCGCCAGUCAUUGGCCCACGUGCUGGAAGCACGGCAGACACUGACAGAGCCUGAGGUCCGCUACUACCUGCGGGGCCUGAUCAGCGGCCUUCACUACCUGCACCAGCGGCAUAUUGUGCACCGGGACCUGAAGCUCAGUAACUUCUUCUUGAACAAGAACAUGGAGGUGAAGAUCGGGGACCUGGGGCUGGCUGCCAGGGUGGGGCCAGGGGGCCACUGCCACAGAGUACUCUGUGGGACCCCUAACUUCCUGGCCCCUGAGGUCGUCUCCAGAAAUGGGCACUCCUGCCAGUCGGACAUCUGGGCACUGGGCUGCAUCAUGUACAUGGUGCUGACUGGCACCCCUCCCUUCAUGGCGGCUACCCUGUCAGAGAUGUAUCAAAACAUCCGUGACGGCUGUUACCCUGAGCCUGCCCACCUGUCACCCAACGCCCGCCGCCUUAUCGCACGCCUGUUGGCACCCAACCCGGCCGAGCGGCCCAGCCUGGACCACCUGCUGCAGGACGACUUCUUCACGCAGGGUUUCACUCCGGACCGGCUGCCACCCCACUCCUGCCACAGCCUACCCAUCUUUGCCAUCCCCCAGCCUCUGGGCAGGCUUUUCCGGAAAGUGGGCCAGCUGCUGCUGAACCAGUGUCGGCCACCCUGUCCCUUCACUCCUAACAAGGCAUCAGGUCCAGGAGAAGAUGGUUCGGACCCUGACUCCAUGGAGUGCAGCGAGACUUCCCUGUUGGAGAGAGAGACUCCCGGCCUGGAGGUCCCUGUCCACCUGCUCACCCAAGGGACCCUUCGGAGUGACCCAGCCGGGCCUGAGGGAAGCCCGAGGCAGGAGGUAGAGGUUGCCAUCAGAAAGCUACAGCUCUGCCUGAACCCUGGACCCUCAGCCACACAGGACCCCCCCAGGAGAGCAGUAGCCCAUCCUCUCAGUCCCCAAGUGGGUGGAUUAUUCCAGCAAGUACAGCUUCGGCUACCAGCUGUCGGACGGGGGCAGCGGUGUCCUGCUUCGGGAUGGCACCCAAAUAGACUUGCGCCCCUCCCAGGGGGGAAGGGGGCCUGCCCAUGCCAACCCCGCUUGCCAGCCCAAGCUUCUGCCUGUUGCACUUCCUUGCAUCCCAGCGAGCCCUGCUGCUACUCUUCAGUGAUGGGACAGUGCAGGUAUGAGAACAUGAAAAGAUGGCGAAGUGCCCACACUGCCCUCACCCUGAACGUUUCUGGAAUCAUCUUCAGACAGGGUAACUGUGUGUCUCAAAAUGAAGCUAUUAGCCUAAGUUUUUUGGGUGCUUACAAAGGUUGGCGUUUCAAGAAAUGGCAAUGAAUCCACUCCUGGCCUGACCAGAACCUUUUUUUUUUUAAAGGAAAGCACUGAGGGUAUUUUUACUCUGAAGAAUUAGGAAAGACUUGCUUUAAUUCAAUUCUACCUUUCCCCCCUCAUCUGAAGCUUCCCCUGAAACCUGUCUCUGGACCACCUCUUCAGUGAUCCGUGCCAGCAUGUGACAUAGGUGUCUCCUCCAAUCACCAGCAAGCAAGGCAGGGCCAAGGUGUCAGCAUACCUAGUGGGCUGGUUGGCUACUGCCAAUGUCAACCGGGUGUGAUGUCACAAAGCCUGUCAGUGUCCAGGUCCUUCUUGCAGACAUCUGAUUCCCCAUCUGGUCUAACUACAGAGCUUGCCUGAGAGCUGGGGGCUUUCCCCUCCCUAUGUAACAGAUGAGGUAACUGAGGCAUGUGGAUUGCCUCAAUAUAUAAACUGCUAGGAGAAAAGGGAGGUGGCUGUAAGUAGGUCAGCCUGGCCACCUCUGCCACAAGGAAUUUUGAAAAUCCCGAUGACUUCAGGGAGUUAUGCUAAGCGAAAAAUAGCCAAUGCCAAAAGUUACAUACUGUAAGAUUCUGUUCAUAUAACAUUUUUGAAAUGACAACAGAUGAGUGGGGUUGGAGAUGGAAGUGGGUGCAGGGGGUGGGGAGCUGUGGUUAUAACAAGGCAGCUCUAGGAGUCCUUGUGGUGGUGGAUACACCAAUCUACUCAGCUGAUACAAUUGUAGCCAAUAAAACACACAAGAGCAAGUAAAACUGGGGAAUCUGAAAUCUGGAUAAUGUAGGUGAUGAGAUCCAUGUUAAUAUCUUGGUUGAGAUAUUGACUAUUGUUUUACAAAAUAUGAUCACUGGGGGAGACUGGAUGAAGUGUACAAUGGAAUUUCUGUGUUAUUUCUCACAACUUCAGGGGAAUCCACAAUGAUCUCAAUAAAAACUUCAAUGAAAAAA